AUGUCUGAAUUUAUCCCGACCUGGAACCAGCCUAGUCACCCGGAGUCACUCCAGGUGGUCAAAGGUGCACCUUACGCAGCAUGUGCCCGCUCAUUAGUGGCAUUGCCUGCGGGUGCACUGUUCAGCAAGAUCACCACGGCUAUUCCUGCGCCCCAAAAGACCUACACGUCUGUCCAGACCGGACCGGGCCUGAAUAUAGAGUUGUGCUCGGACCUCGUCUACUGCAAUCACUCCUGCUCUCCUUCCCUCGAAUUUGACAUGUCAACAUUUGAGGUCCGGGUCGCACGGGACCGGCCACUAGCAGUGGGUGAUGAGUUAACAUUCUUUUAUCCAAGCACAGAAUGGGAUAUGGUCCAACCGUUCAACUGCAAGUGUGGGUCUCAGAACUGUCUCGGAGUCAUCGCAGGCAGUCAGGAUAUGAGUGCAACUGUCCUCAGUCAAUACUGGCUGAAUCCGCAUGUGAGGGAGCUGCUGGCAGGGAAGACGACGAUGGCUACCGAAUCUAGCGAGGAAAUUUCGAUCAAAGCUUGA